AUGCUCAACUCAGAUGAGCAUGAACAUGACGAAGUCCACCUUCGAGAUCAAGAUCAAGAUCAAGACCCGGGUCAAAACAACGUCACACAUGCGCAAGGUUCCACUCGGAAUGCAAACACAAGAUCAAGUACACUGCCUCACCUACGGAACAAGUCCGCCCUUUAUGCUCCUCUUACGGAUCCUAACACAGGAAUUCCUAUCGUAUAUGCUACACAUAAAGUGUAG